GGGGGGAUGAGUGAGAUCUUAUCGGAGUGAUUGAUUUUGUUUUGGUUAUUUUUCUGCAACGAGACGGUGUUAAAAACCUCAACAGCCCCGACCUCGUAGCCGUCACCGAGUGAGCGAGCACGGGCAUGCUGCUCCCUCGUUCAGGGAUUAGAAACAAUCCAUUUUGGUUGAUAACACUCCGGGCAUAAUAAGCUACAUCCCCUCGAAGGAGCCGUCUACGGAAGAAAUUACAUGUACACCCGCCCUUGGACGAAUUUACCGGAGAGCAAGAUGACGACAAGUCUGUGUGAUGGAUACUAUUUUCCCGGCGCGUUUAAUCCCCCUCUGACGCCGCUCUGAGCAAAUUCGCGGGGCACUAGAGCGAUAAGGGCAGGUGAAGCGACCUUGAACAACGAUGAAAGUCGAAAGUGACGCUCUCGACCCGUGGGCACGUCACGCGAAGAGAAUAGUGUCGGAAUAGUAGACAGAGGGGGUAGAGAUAUCGCCGAGUACGCACCGAGGUCGUAGAGUGGAAGCGUCAGAGGAUCAGUUAUGUGAUGGGCCCAAGCGUCGCGGUGUACUGCGCAGUCUCGUCCGGAGACUGAGCGGUGGCGGGGCCAGCGGUGGCGGCGGGGGUGGGGAGAGUCGGGGCCCGUUAAAAAAACAUCAGGCUGUCACGGUGUCAGUGGCUGGGUGCAGUAGCUCAGGCCGCGGAAGCCUCAGCCGUCGGGCCAGCAGAGAGCCAUCACCAUCAAAGGCAACUUCACCCUGUGAUGAUGGUGGUGAUGUUGGCUGCAUGGGACCCGGGAGCACUAGCUUUGCCGCCCCCUCCGGCCAGGAUUGGCGAAGGCUAGUGGGCAGUAUACGGCGACGAGUUAGACGGAAAACACCCAACAACAGUAGUGGAAGUAUCAAUGUACCGGGGCUGCAGGAUACGGGGAGGAAUCACGAUGAUUUUCUUAAAGCAACCAUGAGGAUUUUUCUCGUUGUUUCACCUCCUAUGGCGAGAGUACAGGUUCGCUCAAGAUCCUUGAGCCAACUUGACAUGCUGGACGCCGGGGAGCACCCGCUGCCAAGCGGUGCCACCCAUCAGCCACCCCAACCCCACCAACUGUCUCACAAUCGUCAUCAGCACCCCCAUCAUCAUCAUCAGCUGUAUUCACCGAAUCCCAUGGACUGCAGUCCACGUCUCCUCGUACCCAGUGCAACAUCCAUCACCGAUUCGUCUCACACAUCCUCCCGAAAUCGUCAUAAACUCUCUCGCUCCCAGGUAUCCAGCAGUGAAUAUUUCAGUGUCAGUUUCGAAGUUGGUGAUGAAUCCGGCUCGUUGGAGCGGGAAGAGUUUCUACCGGCUACAAAGGGACAGUAUUUGGUAGAGACACUUGGAACCGCCUGUGAACGCCGUGGUCUCGAUCUGUCGAAAGUCGACGUCUACCUGGAUGCUUUCUCAACGCCUCUGCCAAUUUUAACUACCGAAACUUCGUGCUUGGGUGGCAGACAUCUGCGAGUAACCGCGAAGGAUGAAAAAACUGCUUCACGCACUUCGAGCCAGAAGAGCAGUCAGAAUGUGUCGUUACGGAAGAGUGGAAGUUAUCGCGGUAGAAGUGGACGUUUCUUCAGCGUUUCAACCGAGGACUCGAGUAUGGAUUCAGAAAUGGGACCAGCAGUGUCACUCGUUGCUGGCAAGACUCCUGCUGGGGCUGCAGGAAUCAAAGCCAGCAAGCAACGUUGGAGUGGCUUUUUCACCAAUACCAAAGGAACGAGAAUGGAAUUGCUCGUUGAGCAGCUCAAUAGCUACACACAGCACGGUGUACCCUGUCUUCCAGAGAUACAACUGCCUUACGAUCACGUAUCGAACGAAGAAGAAUUGUACACACUCGAGGAGGAUUGGCGAGACUUUGUCGACAAUUGGGAGCGUUUAACUGAAAAACAACAGCAACAACAGACGGCACUUUGGGAGCUCGCUCAGACGGAGAUUGCUUACAUAAGAACUCUCAAAGUAGUAACAGACUUAUUCAUGGCGUGCCUCUGCAGCCUGCAGGCAUCCAACAUAUUGAACGAAGUUGAUAGGAAAAAGUUAUUCAGUAAUAUCCCCGACAUUUACGCGGCAAAUCGCUACUUCUGGAGUGAACAUCUGCUGGGUAUGGUAAAUGCUGCAAGAAGUUCGGGAAGAUCACUGGAUCCAGGACAUCUUCUACACGGAUUUGAAACGUUCGAGCAGACAUUUGCACCUUACACGCGAUAUUGCUCAGAGCAGAGUAAAUGUCAACAAUAUUGCAGAGAUCGGUUGAAUGACAACGAAUUAUUUACAGCUUACUUAGUGUGGUGCGAAACCCAAAAAGAAUGCAAUCGCUUGCGUCUCCUCGACAUCCUCGUGAAACCAAUGCAGAGGCUAACCAAGUACUCUCUCCUGCUCAAGGCUGUACAUAAAAAUACUGAGGACGAGGACCAGCGCAGCGAACUAAUUCUCAUGAUAAAAUGCGUGGAUAAUUUUGUAGCCUCGGUUAAUGCUGCAUUACGUAGAAGCGAGGAAACAGCUCGUUUAGUCAGUGCAGCCACUCGACUCGAGUGUUAUGACGUAGUGGAGUCCAGGGACGAGGAGCUAGAAAAAUUGAUAAAGCAGCACAGUAAUCUUGAUAUAACAACAGCCCCGAUGCCGGGUUGCCCGAAGGACGCAUUAAGAACACUACUGCGUGAAGGGGAUUUGAAAUUGCGAGAUGCAGCAACUAGCAAAAUGGAGGUGCAUGUUCUGCUCAUGACAGACAUGCUUCUGCUGUGUAAGCCGUCAACCAAGAAAGGCUCAGCUAGCAGCGGCUCGGGGGGUACGGCAGGCGCUUUGAAAGUCAUCAGACAACCUUAUGUCGUUGAUCGCAUACGUAUUUAUGAGCUGAAGGAGUCGUCCAGUUUGGGGUUGGUGUAUUUGAAUGAGUAUGGGGUCGCCUCCGCUGCUCUGGUGCUGACAUCGAGUGAACCUAAGCUGGCUAAGUCGUGGAUGGAGUCCUUGAGGAAGGCGCAGCAGCAAUUUGUGACGAUGAAGCUACGACCAGUGGGUGAAGUGCCGACCGUGGGGGCUGUGAGCAGACAAGCAAGCACGUAUUUGGGUGAUGGUGACUACGACAUUGAGGACUGUGACGUUUUACCGAGAACACCCCGUGGGAGCAGUAGAGCAUCGCGAGUUAGCAGUCUUGCCCACAGUCACAGUGGUAGCAUGGAGAUGGAGGGUGUAUCACCGGGCGGUUCUAGCUUUCUACCGAGUUACAAUGCAAGCAGAAAUGUUAGCGUCGAUGCUGAACAACCGAGGGCGUCUAGUGUAUCUUCGGAGGAGGGUACGGAAGUCGGAUUAGGACAUAAUCAUCGACCGCUGCAGAUGAGUAAUUACAGACGGUCUCUACUGAGUAAAUCGCCAACUCCAAACACCUUGAGCGUCCAAGUGCCAGCGUACUCGUGUCUUGGGCAGUCUUUACCAAACUUGACACUUGCGACGUCACCGCAAACAUCCACGGUCUCGCCUACUCCACCAAACUCUCUUCUCAUUGUACCACAAAUCACGAAGAGCAAGGACACUCUCCUAUCCCCGGGUCAUCGAGGAAUUUCCUACCCACCCCCGUCACCGCCGAGGGGUGCACUGAGACGAACAUUCGCGGUACCGCAAUCGAGGAAUCCACCACUGAUAAAAACACGACACAUCAAUGCAUCGGUAGCGCAGGGGACUAUUCAAUCGACGAUGAGCCUGGAUACAGAGGCCAUUGAGGAGCGACGGAGGAGACUGGAAUUGGUAGCACGCAGUCCCUCGAUUACCAGCACUGUUAAGGAAGCGAGAGGGAGCGAGGAGAAUCGAUGAAACUCAUUUUCACCUCUGCCAGAGGGAUUAUUGAAAUUGAAUUGAUAAUGGAGGAGGGGUACCCACCCCACCCACGUCCCCGACGUUACAAUCGGGCGGGGAUUUUUUUUGUUGAAAAUGCCACAUACUGCGUGCAAUUGCUGCACACAUUUGCACGCAACAACCGGCAUUUCAAAGAAUAUUUUAGAUAAAUUGGCAUGAAAAAUUGAUGAAAAAAAAACAAGGAACAUUGGAGGAUAUGGAAUUGUUUUGUAUGACACGACUCGUAAACCUUCGAAUAUUGGCGCAUGUUUUCACAAUCGAUAGGGGCCAUUUCAAUUUCAACGUGAAAAUUUUUUCCGACCACUGUUUGAUAGUUUAUUGUACUCUAGCGACAUAAUAACGUAUUUUACGUCACUCGUUUUUGGUUCUGUUCGUUGACGCACUCUAAACCGAGAAAAAAAAUUGUAAUUGCGUCUUCACACGAAUUCGAGUGUCUUGAGCCAUUGGUUUUUAGAUGUUUAAGCAGGAUACAAAUGGGCCUACGUAGGAUUAAUUUCAACAAUUAAUGAUAAACUAUAUGUUAGAACGAUUCAGUAAUAAGAGUUAAGAGAUAAAAAUAAUUAAUGUAAAUGUAGAUAAUGACGUUUCGGCUUUUAGGGACGAUUGUGACUGUUAGUUAUCGAUCAAGUUUAAAUAAUAUCCAUAAGAUUUAAGUACAAAUUCUCAUCGUUCCAAUGACUGAAUGAGGGGAGACAACACUUAAGCAGUACAUAAAACAAAUAAAGUAGAUAAAUCUUGAGACAGAACAGAGAGUUAUCUUUUUUCAUCACAAUUUUUUAAAUAAGAGAGAUAUUCAACUAAUUUUUUCGCUCCUUGCUGCUUGCAUCAAGCUACACAGAAAUAUAAGAAUACCAAAAGAUAGAUUGUAAGACACAAUAAGGCCUAAUUAUGUAAAUUAAGACUAUGGAGAAACAAUAAAUGAAAAUGCAUUAUUUAUAAUUAAA